AUGUUAAUAACUCAUGAGCAGUGCUUGGUUCUGCGACAUUUUUUUGUUCAAGAAAAUAGAAGCGAAACGAAUGGGGAACGGAAUUUUAUCCCGGAACAGAAGAACGGAACGGAUCGGAAACUGAAAAAAGGAGCAAAAGAGGAGCACUGUCGGCGGAACAAAGAGCUGACUCAUGAGUCGUAA